ACAGAUAUAUAUCAAAAGGGUCCUUGACUAAUCCCUACCCAGUUUCACCGGCAAAAUGUAUCCACUAAAUGACCAACCAGAACAAAUCCAUGUUUCUGGAAUUCCGAACCCAUAUCCUCCAGAGUCUUAUACUCCACAGCCUUAUGCUCCAUAUGUCCCCACUACCAUGCCUAUGCGCCCUCCACGGGCGGCGGGGAAGUGGUCUACCGGUCUAUGCCAUUGCUGUGAUGAUCCUGCAAAUUGCGUGAUCACUUGCUUUUGCCCUUGCAUCACAUUUGGACAGAUAGCUGAAAUAGUGAACAAAGGAUCAUCAUCAUGUGCUGGAAGUGGGGCUAAGUAUGGACUAUUAUUGGGUUUGACUGGUUUUGCGUGCUUGUACUCUUGCUUCUACCGCUCAAAAUUGAGGGGCCAAUAUGACUUGGAGGAGGCACCUUGUGUGGAUUGCCUAGUGCACUUCUGCUGUGAGACUUGUGCACUUUGUCAAGAGUAUAGGGAGCUCAAGGAGCGUGGAUUUGAUAUGGGGAUUGGUUGGGAGGCCAACAUGGAGAGGCAAAAACGUGGUGUUAUGAUGGCUCCAGUAAUUACGCCCAGCAUGACAAGAUGAUAAGAUCUUUCUUGUUUAAAUUUGGUGUAUCAUGAAUUUGAGGUAUAAAAUAUAUAAUAAGAUUUAUUUAUUAAAAAUAUAAAUUUAAUAUAUUUAUGUAUUAAAUUAUGAUAGAUCAAAUCUAGAUAAGAACACUUAUUCAUUUUUACUAUAUAAAUUAAUGUUUGUGAUUAUACUGUGAGUGUAUAUUUUCACAAAGUUUUAAUCUAA